AUGUCCCAGCAGAGUCUUCGAGAAAUAACCAAUCACUAUCCCCCGGUUGAUGUACCCGAGGCUCCAAAUCUUUCUCAAUUUGCUCAUUGUAAAGUGCUUGGCGUUGUUCCACAAGAUAUCCAAGGGAGUCAUUCAGUCUCAAAGGUGUCUGAUGUGGGCGUAAGCGGAGAGAAGGAAAAUGUGCGAAAGAAUAAAGGUAGCAGCCAGUUAAAUCAAACUCGACCUCAUAUUUCAGCACAAAUGUUUGAGGAACAAUUGGCUGAAUUGAACACCCCAUCAGCCACAAUCGGGAAGAAAGCAGGCAUCGAACUCUUCAAACAGAUACAAGAGAUACAACAGGUCAAUGCAAGCACCAUGAUACAGGUGAAGUCUCUCAUGCAUCGAGCCACCAGAGAUAUCCGCCUGUUGCAACUUAGGGUUGAGGAUUUGGAAGUGGAAGCAAUGGAUAUGCAGGAAAAGUUAGAUUUGGCUAAUCACCGUAUCAAGACGCACGAGAGACUGAUCCGGCGGUUUGUAGCGCCUGAAGAUGUAGAUUUUCAAUACGAAUACGAAUUUGAAUCCACUGAUGAACCUUCCCAUUGA